CACACGUAUAUAUGUAGAUACUGUGUUAGAUUUUUCUCAGCGCAGAAUUUUAUUUGCAUCAGCUAUUGAUUGCCAAAACUAAACGAAUUGAAUUGGAAAAAUGAACGAGGGGAGUCAGUACUCCAUACAUACGGUAUGCCGCACCUGUCUGAGCACCCUGCACAACACCAUGGCAUACGAUCUCUUUUUGAUUCCGGGCCUGGCCAAAAAACUGUGCGUGUGCACCUCGCUAUCGGUGGAGCAGCAGGAUGGUUUUCCGAAGAAUCUGUGCAUCUCGUGCUACUCGAAGCUGAACGAACUGCACGACUUCCAGAAGUUGUGCGUGGACUCGGUGCAGAAAUUCCAGGAUCUAGUGUCCAGCAACGCCUUUACGUGCCAGACGAACUUCGAUGUUCUGGAUCCGAGUGCUGCAGUCGCCGACCUGCCGGCCGAGGACGAGGACCACGUAAACUUUGAUCCGCUUUUGAAUUCCAAGAUAGAGAUUAUUGAGAAUGAGGAGGACGUGUUCAAGAUGCUGGAGGAUGUGGAAAAGGAGGUCGAGGAGGUAGAGAAAGAUGAGCUGGGCUCUGCCGAAGAGUCCAACGACUCCUCCCUUGAGAGUUGCAACGACAACGAACAGGACGAGGACUUUCAGCUAAACAGCAGCGAUGAUGACGUGCCUCUGGCGCAGCGGGCCCGACGCGGAAAUAGGCGUGGCAACAAAGCAAAGGCCAAACGACCCGCAAAAGAUGAUUCUGAUGAAUUCAGCUCCUUCUCCGAUGACUCGGAUUCCGACGGCGAGAGGGGAACCAGGGAGAAGGCCAAGCGCAAGAGGAUUCCCGCAGCCGAGCGACACCUCCAUCGCCUCAUCGACUGCCACAUUUGUCAUCAGAAGUUCAAGAAGGCCAUCCGCUACGAGGAGCACAUGAAGCACCACAACGAUCUCCUCCCCUUCCAGUGCAAGGUGGAGAGCUGCCGGAAGGGAUUCACCACGGCCAACGGGCUGCGCGUCCAUGUAGAGCAUGCCCACACGGAGUCAUCGGCCAUGCAUCCAUGCACCUACGAGGGCUGCAACAAAUCCUUUGCCCGGCCGGUGCUGCUCAACUUCCACAUGAAGCGUGUGCACAAGGUGGACACGCCCCAGAGGGACUUCCCCUGCACGGAAUGCGACAAGGUAUUCCGCUGCCCCACGGCCCUCAAGAAGCACAUGUACAAGCACACGGGCGAGGAGCUGCCGUUUGCUUGCGAGAUCUGCGGCAAGCGCUUCCCCAUCAACAGUGUGCUGAGGGAUCACUUGCUGCGGCAUGCAGGCAUCAAGAACCACGUCUGCCCCUACUGCGGCGUGGGCAAGACGACGCGCCAGGAGUGGAACAAGCACAUUCUCACCCACACCAAGGAGAAGAAGUACGAGUGCCGCCAGUGCGAGCACACCUCGCACAACAAGCAGGCCCUGGCCAACCACGUCAAGGUGGUGCACGAGAAGCGGAAGGAUUUCGCUUGCCAGUACUGCGGCAAGACCUUUGGCAAGUCGCAUGCCUGCAAGAUCCACGAGAGAAGCCACACGGGAGAGAAGUGCUGCGAGUGCAAGAUCUGCGGCAAGGUCUUCCUCUUCGACAAGGGCCUGACCAAGCAUUUAAAGACGCACGAAAAGUCCGAUCUGCCCAGGAACCAGACCGCGGCCAAUCCAUUGCUGGCUGAGGUCGCUGCGGCAACCUCUUCCUCAACGAUUGCAAAGCCCAGCCCCCACCUGCGAGGGCGUGUGGAGAGAGUGGACAUUGCCCAGUUGGCGGGCACUGUGGUGAAUCCCAUACCGUCUGUGAACCUACCGUCGUGGUCGCCGCAGGUGAACUUCACCAAGAAGGAGGGCCAGCACAUGUGCCCGGACUGCGGCAAGGGAUUCAACCAUGUGAGCAACAUGAAGCUCCACUACAAGGUGGUGCAUCAGAAGGUGAAGGACUUCUGCUGCCGCUUCUGCCCCAAGCGGUUCGCCAAGAAGCAGUAUCUGCGUCACCACGAGUACAUACACACGGGUGAGAAGCCGUACGAGUGCAAGGUUUGCGGCAAGCACUUCCGCCAGGAGCAGGUGCUCAAGACCCACAUGAAGGUCCACGACAAGCCGCCGAGGCCGCCAAGCAAGCCCAAGGAGCCGGUUAUACACAGGGAUACGGUCAAGCGGCAGCAGCCAAAGAACUUUGAGCAGUACCAGGAUCCCGCUGCGGAGCGGGCUGCCGCCACUGCCGAGCUGUUGGCCUACCAGCUGGAGGAGAACGAGGCCAAGCGGAAGGCGGAGGUGGAGCUGCGAAAGAUCCAGGAGGCGGCAUUCGAGCAGUUGAACAAGCUGCAGAAGCAGACGAACACCUACGAUGGCUUCUACGCCCAGAAGGCCGAGGCGGAGGGCACCACCGUCGAUGCAUUCAAAUUGGAUCAUGUCUGAGGACAGCAAUAAAACUCUAUAUGUUUAUUAAUAUUAGUAAUAUACACGUAUAUUAUGUGUGUUUCUACUACUAUGAGCAUAGUUUAUAUAUAGUAUUUUUAAAUGUAUCAUUUAUUCGAUUCGCUAUUA